GUAUCGACUUCAGUCAACUUCAGCAUUUGUUACAAUUAUUACAUAUUUGAAGUUGUUAAUAUGUCUGUACAGACUUGUGAUUGGGAUAAUUUAUUUAACGAUGAUGAUAGAUCUACUUUGAAAGAGGGAUUGGUUUUAACAGAAUCGGUGUCUGUUAUAUUAAGUCUGUGGUUGAAUCUGGCGCUCUUGUUCACUAAUCUAAAAUACGAUCUCAGCUAUCGCAAUCUGGCUUUCUUCACGUUAAUUAGCUGUUUACGGCGCGUUUUAUCUUUGGGCCAUUAUUUACUUUUAUCUGAAAGUUGGUUCGAUUUUAAGGAAUCUUGUACGUUCAACGGCUUUUGGGAUACAUUUUUAUCAGUUUAUGAAGUGGAGUGCCUCACUCACGUUUGUAUCGAGCGAUACGUAGUGCAUAAAUAUAUUAAUAAUGGAUGGGAGCCAAUCAAAUGGCAUUAUUGUAUGUAUCAAGGACUGUGUCUCCUUUUUGCUGCACUUUAUUCCACACCGCCCCUCUUUGGUGUCGGUAAUUACGGACUAGAUUUUACCUGUAACUCGUGUACAUUCGACAUGGUGUUGCCAGAUUCGUGGCAAAAACAAUUUAUUGUUCUCAUAUAUUUACUACGCAGCGUUAAAUCGGGCUCUUUUAUGAUCGUAAUGUUAUACUGGGCUCGAAAAUUAGAAGCUGGAAACAAAAGCUCAGAAAAAAUGAUGGAACAAGCACCCUUUACAAAGAGCAUAGUUAAAAUGACUGUAGUGGUGCUGAUGUGUUGGUUACCAAUAACUUUGGUGAGGGGGUCGGUGGUGUUAUCACAGUUCCUGAAUGGGCACACUUCGCUCGUGCCAUCAGUACUACUCGUUCAGUGGUCGAUGUGGCUGAGUUCGAUUUCUCCUGCAGUGAUGUCAAUAACGUUAUUUUUGGUAGACGAUCAGAUUCGCAAAAAGGCAUUGAACUUUUUCAAGAUUACGGGAAUUAAAGAAACUAAGAAGGAAUUAUAAAGGAUAAAUUUAACGUCUAUUUUAGAGAAUAAUCGCACCAAAUAUUCUAUAUAUUGAUAUGUUAAUCAUAAUUGACAUAUUAUUAUUUACUUUGUAAGAAAUUGAAAAUUAUAUUUGGAUUCAAUUAUAUCAUUAGCUAUACUUCGUAAGAUUAAAGUUCCUAUUUUCACAUUUAAUCUAUAUUCUGAUGCUUAAAAACAACAGAAAAUAUAUUUUGUACGAAAAGAAC